CCCGGAGGACAGACAAGCACGAGCAGAAGCACGCGCACGAGGGCCAUAACACGCACGAGCAUCUGUUUGCGGUAGACACUGGACCAUCCACUCUUAUUUACUUAUUUUUUGGAUCCUUCUCCAUCCCACCUUUUGAUCCCCCCUUUGUUCCUCUUUUCCUUUGUUCAUUCACCUCGGCCUUCCUCUUCUUGUCUUCCUGUCUCCGCAAUAACGAGUCAAGCAAGGCCUACAGAGAAAACAAAAAACCGAGAUCACUAGCGAGAAGCAGCCAUGGAUUCAGAGCUCCGCAACAGGAAGGCCGCAUCGACCGAAUCCUCGAUCAGUGGCGUGUCCUCAUCCAACAAGCUGCAUUCCGCCGCCACUGACGCUCUUGACGCUCAUGAGAUCCACAAGAGAGAUUCCACAGAGUCAUCGUCCUCAGGCCACUCUCUGACCGACAGCCAGAAGCAGAGCCUCGCCAAGGAACAAGAGGAGACCGCGUUUGGCAAGACCCCCAACGGCACCAUUUUCCGAGUCCCUCUCACCAAGGAUAUGCUGAGCGAGAUUUUCGACAUGGGAAAGAAAAAGUCAGCCUUUGACCUCAUCACACUGGCUGUGAUGGGCGUCCAGAUCCUCAUGUUCUUCACUCUUCCCACAUACAUCAAACGCUGGCUCUUCCUCGUUCUCUUCAUCUUCUGGAGAGCAGGCUACAAUGCUGGUCUGGGCUACCUCUUGAAGUUGCAGAGUGAGCGCCGCGGCCUGGUCGCCUGGGCUCGCGAGAAGGGUAUCUUUGACAAAAAGCGUGGUGGAGGCUGGUAUACAUGGCUCAAACAGGAGCUCAGCUGCAAGAUGGACAAGGACUAUGACUUUGAUGCUGUCCCGAUCGAGUUCAAUACGUGGUUGCUGUACCGUCAGCUGGUGGAUUUGAUCUUGAUGAACGACUUUACGACCUACGUCUGCUUUGCGCUGUCCUGGCUCACAUUCCCCACCGGAUCGGGCUUUUUCAGCCAUCUGCUGCGAUGGAUCGGAGGAUUUAUCCUUGUGUUCUUUAACAUCUGGGUCAAGCUGGAUGCGCACCGUGUUGUCAAGGACUUUGCGUGGUACUGGGGCGACUUUUUCUUCCUCAUUGAGCAGUCCUUGACCUUUGACGGAGUCUUUGAGAUGGCACCCCAUCCCAUGUACUCUGUCGGAUACGCGGGUUACUACGGCAUCUCGCUCAUGAUGGCCUCGUACAUGGUCCUUUUUGUUUCACUCUUUGCUCACGCCGCACAGUUUGUCUUCCUGACCAUGGUUGAGAAUCCCCAUAUUGACAAGACGUAUAAUCCCCCUCAGGUUGUCAAGAAGCGCGUCCCUGUCUCGAGCGAGUCAAACAUCGCUUCCACGGCUAGCGCGACCGCGUCUGUUGCUUCGAAACCGACUGACCCUGUUGCUCCCAUUGACCAAGUAGCUACCUUGGUUCCAUGCGGUUCUAAGGACAUGUACAACACCUAUUUCAGACGCGACUUGAUCGUGUUUAAGAAUUUCGACAUCUACCGCUCGAACGAUAUCUUUGUAGCGCUGAUUAUCUUUUACGCAACCAUCGUUCCUCUGUUGGUCUCCAACACUGGCUCUCGAUUCUUGACGUUCAUGAUGGUCAUUCAGGCUCUAGUUUGGCGCAUUUUCCAUUCUUAUGCUCUUGGUGCUGUCCUCAAGCAGCAGAGCGAUAACAAGUUCUACACGAAGCACUUCAUCAAGCACGGUGGCACUGUUCAGGACGCUUUCCAGAGCUGGAAGAGCAUCUUCAACCUUUCUAAUUCCAUGACAUAUGCUACCUUUUUCUUGGCCGCCUUCAAGAUGUACUCGAUCCCUGAUAACUGGACCUAUGGCACAGUUCUCCUUCGCCAUGUUCUCGGUCUUGCGUUGAUCGCCCUCCAUAUUUGGGCCUCUGUCUCUGUCUUCGAAGUCCUGGGUGACUUUGGCUGGUUCUAUGGCGACUUCUUUAUGGAGGACUCUUCCAGCGGGCUCUUCUACACGGGUAUUUACAGAUUUGUGAAUAACCCGGAGAAGGUCAUGGGUCAUGCUGCAUUCUGGGGUAUGACAUUGAUCUGCAACAGCUGGUCAAUUUUUAUUCUCGCCAUGUUCUCGCAGGUGUCGAACUUCUUGUUCUUGCACUAUGUCGAGUCCCCUCACAUGCGCAAGAUCUAUGGCGACAAGAUCCGCAAGGAUGCCGGUGUGGUCAAAACGGUCAAGGCUGCCCAGAUCUUUCCCAAGAAGAUGAAGGAUGAGGUUUCCAAGAUCCGCGAGAAGCUAGAGGAGACCCCUGAGAUCAAGGAUGUGCUCCAAAGGACUCGUGUUGUUUCCGAGAAGGCCCAGGAGAUCGUCGAGGGCACGCGCGGUGAUUUGAAUGGGCUGGUUCAGAGCGUGGCUCCUCGCAUCCAGGAAAUGGUUUCCAGCUCAAAGGCUCUCCUCGAGAGCUCGAGAGACAAGCUGAUUGUCGCCCGUACAUGGGACGAUAUGGGUGUCUACGAUAUGUCAGAGUACUCUGUCAAAGUACUCAGUGAUACUGAGCCGACGUCAAAUGCCGAUGGCAUUCCCACCUACAAACUUGGUCAGAAGCUCACUGUUGAGUGGACCGCUCCUUUGAACCACGGUACCAAGGAUUGGAUUGGAAUCUACAAGGUCUCGAACAACAACUCCAAGAAGGUCACGACAGUUGCCUCCAAGGGUCGCUAUCUCUUUGUCGGCCGUGAUCUUGGUCUUGGUGAGGCUGAGGAGGGUGUUGAGAACCACGCUGGCAAGGGCGAUGGUGAGGUCAUGGAAGAAGAGGUAGCCUGGAUCGGGGAGAAGGAACUGUGCCGUGGUCGUGUUGUCUUUGUGGGCGACAAGCUGCCUUGGUUCCAGGGCACGUUUGAGUUCAGAUACCACCACCAUGGACGGUAUAAUGUCAUGGCCUACACGACUCCAUUUGCUAUCAAAUUGGAGAACUAUCAGGAGGAUAAAGAGCACACUGUUUCUGCGAUCGGUCAGUCGCUCUUGCCAUAUGUCCAACGCUGCUUCAACUCGGACGAGGAGACCAUGCCUUGCACAGUUGACGAGCGGUUCAUUAUGAUCAACGAGCCCAUUGCGCAGAGGAUUGUCAAGGGUAUACAGUUGAUGUACGGCAUCGAGUUCGCGUGGGAGGUUGUUGCGGUCGAUAUGAGCUGUCUUCAUCUGGCUCUUCGCAUCUUUACAGCUCGUCGCGCCUUGGCGCCAUUCUCGUCGGUAUCUUCCCCCAGUGCCUCGGACGAGCCAUAGUUUGCGUCCACGACCGAGGAGAAGCCUUUGGAGACAACGACUAUUUAGACGCGCGCUGAAGGCGUGUUUGUGUGUGUAUAAAUGGAUGUAGCAUAGGAGCGAUAGACAAACAAAAACAUGUAUCUAGUAUUAGUAAA